GUAGUGGACAGCGCCCCCUACUGGCCGCGCGUUUCCUCUAGUUCCUCAACCUGACUGGCGGCGGGACCCAGGGGAACGUUCGAGUAGAGUGACAAGCAAAGAUGGCGGAUCAAAACAAGACAGACACCGCAGGGAAGUUGUACAAUGAGAUUCUAAGCCCCUCUGAGCUGUUUGCAGCCCGGUCAAGGAGUCACAAGAUCCCAGUCAGAGGACAGAAGGACUUCUUUCCCAAUGACUCGGACGAGCAGAGACAGCGACUUGAGCAGAGUCUGAAUGAGCACUGGAGCCUCGUAUCAGAGGAGAGAGUGGAGAGGCUAGGAAAUCUCGUGAAGGGCAUAUGGAUCCCAAGUGACCAGAUUGUGGAGCUUCAGUCUCCAGCUGGAAAGUUCUGGCAGACAAUGGGCUUUUCUGCCAAUGCUAAGCAGUGUCUUCUUCCUGAAGAAGCUCUUUACCUGAUGGAGUGUGGAAACCUGCAGGUGUUUUAUAGAGACCUGCCUCUAUCCAUCCAGGAUGGGUAUGAGAGAUUUUUGUCCUCAAAGACAAUAAGCCUGCAGCAAUAUCAGGUUUUUGGGCAUUUGAAGAGGCUUGGAUAUGUGGUGAAUAGGUUCAAUCCCAGCUCAGAGCCAUCGCCUUACAUGAGGCAGCUGAACCUUCCUCAGUCUCGUGACAGUGCAGGGAGGCAACUGAAAAGGAAACGCAGCACCAGCCCCACACUGUCAUCCAGUCAUACGAAAGCAAGGGAAUCUCAUACUGAGAGAAUGGAGGAGGAUGAAUGCAGCCAUGAAGGGGAGAAAAAAUCUACACAAGCCUCCCCAGAGACUCCAGGGGUCUCGACUGCUACCACUAGGUCUGCAGAUGAAGGCAAGGGCAGGAACUGGUGGAUGACAGAUGUUCUGCCUGAGCCAGGGCACAGAUCAGAUCACAGCCUCUCCUCUGGUUCAUCGCGCUGGGACUUCAGGUCCAUUGUUUUCCCUGAUCUGGGCUCCAGGGAGCAACUUUCUAGCUGCCUGGCCUCCCCAGACCCCUCUCUGCUGCCUGAGGCUUUGGCUGUAGGAGCGUGUGAUUUUGCCCUCUGGAGACAGAGAAUAAACCUGCGGAAAGUCAACAUGUCCUCGAAGGACUGGAAGAGGGAGGAAGACAAGCUGAGGCGCGGAUGGGACGUCAACAAAGAUGAAGAGGUUCGGCGAUGCAGAAACUGGACAGAGUACAUGGAGCUCAUGUCCAGGAGGGAGGCGAAGCGGAAAGGCCGACCAGCACACUUGUGGAACAGAGAAGUCACUCCUUUACAUGACCCGAGAGAGCCCAUCUCUACCGGGGAGCUGUUGGAAAAAAUCAGUGUGAUCAAACCUACAAAUUUACUAGAGGGAGCAUCCAGGUUGAAAGGUGGGGAUGAGUGGAGGAUCUGUUUCAAUGUUUACCAGGCUGAUACGGUGGCAGACUUUAAGAAGAGUAACCCGGGGAAACCGUACGCCCGCAUGUGUGUGUGCAGUUUUGACGGUCCUGUUCCAGACCUGCGCGCUAUCAAACUGCUGACUUUCCAGAGUGGGGACAUUCCAGUGGUGUUUGCUGUGGUGGACUAUGGAGACAUCUCCUUUUACACUUUCAAAGACUUCCAACUGCCCCUGGACGUGUUCCCUUGAGACCUCGCUGCUUGAACACAGGACUUUAGGGUUUGUCUGUAAAAGUGUUAAAAGUCACUUUGUUUGAAAACAAACAAACAUGUUCUACACUUAUCUGUAAUGGAGAAGUGACAAAAAAGGAUUGAAAAGAUGGGUUCAGCAAUUUGCGGUUCUUGGUAUAAUGUAACUAACCUUUUUGCUUUUUUAUGUACGUUCAAAGUUAAAAUUAUUUUAUAAUUAAAGCCUGGAAAAAUUUGCA